CUGGCCGCAGGCAGGUCCUGGCUGCUGCAGCCCAGAGCUGGGUGCCAGCCGCCGCCGCCAUGGUGUCCCCGGUCACCGUGGUGAAGAGUGAGGGACCCAAGCUGGUGCCCUUCUUCAAGGCCACCUGUGUGUAUUUUGUGCUCUGGCUGCCCUCGUCCAGCCCAUCUUGGUUCAGCGCCCUCAUCAAGUGCCUGCCCAUCUUCUGCCUCUGGCUCUUCCUUCUGGCCCAUGGCCUAGGAUUCCUGCUGGCCCGCCCCAGUGCCGUCCGCAUCUUUGUGGGGCUCGUCUUCUCUGCCCUAGGUGAUGCCUUCCUCAUCUGGCAGGACCAGGGCUACUUUGUGCACGGUCUACUGAUGUUUGCCGUGGCCCACAUGCUCUACGCCUCAGCCUUUGGCAUACGGCCACUGGCUCUUCGGACAGGUCUGGUGAUGGCAGUGCUGGCGUGCCUGUUCUAUGGCUUCCUCUACCCGGGCCUCUCAGGUGCCUUCACCUCCUUGGUGGGGGCCUAUGUGGCCCUUAUCAGUUUCAUGGGCUGGCGGGCUAUGGCAGGGCUACGGUGGGGUGAAGCAGCCUGGCGCUGGACUGAGCUGGCAGCAUGCAGUGGCGCAGUGCUCUUUAUCAUCUCAGACAUGAUCAUCGCUGUCGACAAAUUCUGCUGUCCCGUGCCCUACUCGCAGGCACUCAUCAUGUCCACCUACUAUGCUGCCCAGAUGUUCAUUGCCCUGUCGGCUGUCGAGAGUCGGGAGCCGGUGGAAGACUACAGACUGAGCAAGGCCAACUGAGGGGCUAGGGUCUGGUCACCCUUCUCUCUUCCUGGGACUGGGGUCCAGAGCCUGGGAACCUGCAAGAGGUGGUUCAGGAUGGCUGGAGUUUCAGCCUGAGGCAGCAGGUGCUGCCUGGAAAAUGUACAAGGGGGGUGAGCAGGAAUGGAUCUCUCUAGCAAAGCUAGUGGUCCAGUACAGUGCUCAGAGCUAAAAAGAGCUGGACUAACGCUCCUUGCUGGAGCCAGAAGCAGGUAUCUCCUCAAUGCUACCCCAUUGGGAUUGUCAGACCCUUCUGGGGCUGUGAUGAUGCUCAGCUUCUUGACCUCCCCUCCCCUUCUACUAGAUGGAAGAAUCCGGCUCACUCACUCCCACUCUUUCUGAUUCAUGCAGAGUGGAAGGGGAGGGAGAAAUCUGUGCCAGGGCUCAAAGCCCUCUUUGAAGGACCUGAGUUGGGAAGAUUGGUUAGGGGCGGAGUCUCCCUUUCCCUCAUCUAUUCUUAUUACUUGAACAAUUUCACUUUCUAUGGAUGGGUGGAAAGGUGUCUUGUCCGGGUAGGGAAGAGGGGACUUCUUUGGCCUGAGAACUUGGGUAUUAAGGAUUCAGGUUGGUCCCAUCUCUCUCAUAGGUCAGCCCAGAGCUCAGGCCCUACACCGUCACCCUCAGACCCUGCCCCCAGGGCUAGGGUGAACCAUGCCAAAGGAAGGGGCCAGCCUGUGCGUUGUGUGUGUGUGCAAUCUGUCUCCCAGCCUGUGUCUUCCUCUGCCAUCUGUGUCUGUUCUGCUGUCUGUUAAAAUCUUAUAGGGAGAGGCCUCAGGGAGCUGUUGAAGGGGUGCUGAGCCUGGCUCAUAGAGCUGGGAACCCCCAUGCCCAACCCUCUCCCCCACUGCUUUCCUCUCUGCCACCCCUGCACUGGUAGCAAGGGUGGGGUGGCUCCAGUGACAUUCUAGGGUCAUAAGACCCAAGGCACAUUCAAUGCAAGGUGAGCAAAGAUGGGACAGUUCUGUCCUUUACUGUUCAUAUGAAAAAAUAAAAAUAAAAACCAAGGGCUAUUGA